AUGCACGAACCCACACCCUCAGCUGGCUUCUUAGCGAAACUUCUAGAAUUUACCAACAUUCACCAGAAACAAUCAGAAUCGAUUCAAAAACGGUCACGUCAGUCACCAUCGCAAGCACCUCCAUCCACAGCAUCACAUUCUCCACAUCCUCAAGUUCCUGCACCACAUCCAUCACAUGCCAUUCCAUUACCACCACCUCCACAACACUCUCAACUACACCCUCUCUCGCCUCCUCCCUCAUCGAUACUUCCCACCAACCUAUCACAGCCUCAAUCUUACCAGCCACCACCACAAUUACCUCCUCCUGCAGCACCAGUUCCUGCCAGGACCAAUCAGCAAAAAGACGAGUUCUAUUCGUUUCUUAAUACCAGAAAUAGGACAUCCAUUAGUAAACCCCAAGCAGAAAUUUUAAAGAAGGCCUUUGAAAAGAAUCCAUUUGUUGAUAAUGAUACGAAAGAACAGUUGGAGGCAGCAACCGGGUUGCCUGGACGAGUUGUGAAAAUCUGGUUUCAAAACAGGAGGAGAGAAAAUAAAAAUAAGAUUAAAUAUGGAAAUUUGACUUAG